AUGUUUUCAAUUCCUUAUUUCAGAUCGGCAUUGCGAUGUAGCAAGCGAUUAAAGAUAUCCAGCCCGAUCCGACCGCUCAGCACCACAUCGCCUAGAUUGAAUGAUGUUCAACCCCCAGAGGUGAGGGACGUGGAUGCGUCGAAAUUCACUCCUGAACAGAUUUCCUAUGCCGAAAACCCAGAUGAGGAUCCUGCAGCGAAACAAUGGAUGGAACGUCUCGAGUCGAUUGGCUCCAAAUUCCGUCUCCCCCGAAGCGUUCAGGCGCUCUACCUCGAACCUAUCAAACGCGAAGCUACCUUUGGCCUUCCCGUAUGCGAUCUCCAAAUUCGCUCCUAUAGCGCCCGUCACGUCGAGUUCUUCGCAGACUUCGCCCUCCGAGCAGCCUACUACCUCCGUCUACCUGCAGCCGGCCCCGUCCCGCUCCCACGGCUCGUGGAGCGGUGGACAGUGUUGCGAAGUCCGUUCAUUCACAAGAAGACUCCAGAGAAUUUUGAGAGAAUCACGAAAAGGAGGUUGAUACAAAUUAAGGAUGGGAAUCCGGACGGGGUGCAGGCGUGGUUGGCAUUUUUGCGGAAACACCAGUUCCAUGGCGUGGGUAUGAAGGCGAAUGUGUUUGAGUAUUCUAGUCUAGAUCUCGGCAAAUCAAUGGACAAAGCUGGCAUGGAAUCCCUGAAAUCCCUUGAUGAAGAAUUCGGCAAAUUUGGCGCCAGGGAUGGUGCGCCGUUCUCCGAGUCAAUUGAAGAUAUUCUUGAGAGGGAACGAUUCACGCGCAAUCACGCGCCACUAGACGAGGUUCGAAAAUAUACCCGCCUCCGCGCGCCUAAAAGCGAGGAGACGGAAAACCCUCAAAAGCCUCAAAAGAGGCAUCGAAGGCGAUGA